AUGCCCAGUACAGCGCGAAAAGGAAAGCAGACGGUUGCGUGGGGAGUCGAACGGCGGGUGUCUAUGGUGAAAGAUGGAGUGAACAAUCCAACCAGCCGUAGCUACGAUUUGGCAGGCUUCGUACCUGUUCGCAUCCUGAACAAUAACAGUACACAUAAGAGCGUUUCACUGUUAGGGCAUUUUGUAAGCCUAUCGCGUGACGAUUACGCGAUCAUUGUAAAGCUAAUUCUGACGACGUCACGACGAACUUGUCGGAAGAACAGUGAAAGUGUGCAAAGUAGUGCAACUGGUGUUAUAGCAGCCGUCGAAAGAAGUUUUUCCUCAUCCACGUCCCAACUGAGGACGGAAUUUGUUAAUGAUACCUACGGAAAUUUUUUGUGCGUUGCUGAUCCGGAAGUAAAUCAAAUCAAGGUGACAAUCAUAUAUCCCGCUACUGAGAGGCAUACUGUGAAAUUUUCCACCCAAAAAAGAUAUUUGGUGGAAGAAACUGCCCAAGAUUAUGAAACCGUGACAUUGCCUCAUAUACAAAAGGAGCAGCUAAGCUUAGAGUGGUUUUACAAUAUACUAGAGCAUCGGAAAGAGAAUGAUCGCAUAGUUUUUGAGGAUCCGUCAGAGGAAAUUGGCUUCAUAUUGUUGCCGGAUUUAGAAUGGGAUGGUAAAACAUUGGAACAACUUUAUCUACUCGCUUUAGUGCGCCAGCGAGGUAUCAAGUCAUUGCGGGAUCUAAACGCUACUCAUUUACCAUUGCUGAAAAAUAUUCAAACACGUGGCAUUGAAGCAAUUAAAACACGUUACGGAAUUAACGCUGAUCAACUACGAAUCUACAUUCACUAUCAACCCACAUUUCACCACCCACACGUGCAUUUCCCAUAUCUGAAGCACGACCCACCGGGUAUUUAUUGCGAGAAAAGUCACCUUCUAACAUCGGUUAUUGGGAAUAUCGAACUGCUACCAGACCAUUACCGGAAAGUGACACUCUCUUGCGUUUUAAGUGAAACUGAUAAAUUGAACGUCAAAUUUGAGGCACCAAAGAGCAAACUGAAUGAACCAGAUGACACUACAACCAACCGAUGA